CCCGCCAUGGGCACAGCCAAGCCUCCCGGUCGUGGCUGUGGAGCCCUGCCCCGGUGGCUGCUCGGCGCUGCCCUGCUUCUGGGCCUGCGGCUCUGCAUGGAGUUGCGCCACGCGGGCUCGGGACCCCCGGGCCGCCGCGAUCUCCCGGGGCCACCCCGGACACACCUGCUGCCGGCCCCCGGGCCCCUGCGCGGAGUCAGAAGGAGGCAGGUGACCUAUGUGCGCAGUGGGCGCCGAGCACUGCCCCGGGGUGGCGUGAGCACGACGCCCCCGGAGCCAAGCUGCUGUGCCCAGCGAGGGCUUCCCAGCAGGAAGGGUCCCCGGUGGCACAUAGAGCUCCAGCCAUGGGCAGGCCCUUCUCGGUCCCUGGAUGAAGAAGCCUCAAGGUUCCUGAGUUACAUCGGUACCACCCAGAUUGCGUGCGAUCGCAUGGGUACAAACAGCGUGGCUACUGACUCGGGCCCUGCGCCGAAGCCCUGGCUGGUGUGCCUUGAUGACAGGUUUGGCUUAGCUCAUCAAAUCCGCACCAAGCGGUGCCGCCUCUACUCUUUAGGGCUGGGGAGCGACGACACGCACUUUGAGGUGAGCAUGGCCAAUGGUGGGUGUGAAGUGCAUCGUUUCGAUCCUAGCGUCAGAUCAGCCCACGUUCUGGAGAGCCAGCGCCUCUGGCAUCACCGCUUGUCCAUUGAUUGGCGGGACCCGCAUCCAGCUGUGGCUGCUCAGAAGCCAUACAGCAACACCAGGAAACUGGGAAGCAUUUUGAAUGAAUUCGGGCAUCACAAGAUUGAUGUUCUCAAGGCAGAUCUGGAAAGUGCCGAAUGGAAAGUUCUAGAAAACCUUAUUCUGGAGGAUGUCCUUGAACAGAUCGGCCAGCUCAUCUUCGAGAUUCAUCUCCACUGGCCUGGUUUUGAGGUCAGUGGCAGUGAGAGCAGCGUGGUGCGGUUUUGGUACAGCCUCCUGAAGGAGUUGGAGCGGAAGGACUUCAGACUUUUUCACACUUACAAAGACUUAUCUAAACCGCAGCUCUUCCUGAAGAAGGACAUUUUCAAUGCUAGCAGCUGUUAUACCUUGAGUUGGGUGAACACAAGAUGGAGGUGAGACGAAGCCUCAUGCACAACACAAGGAAAUAUGGGCAGAUAGAUGCUUCCGUGCUUCCUGUCAUGGAGUUACGUCUCCAGUCUCCACUGGCUUGUACUUGCUCGAGAAGGGGCUUGUGUUAUUGUCUCUGCAUUACAUGCUGAAGUCCGGAUGAAUACCUUUGAGACCUUUGCCUUUGACGGAGUAGGGUGUGCCCCUUCACUGUCCCUUGGAUGUAGAAAUACCCUGCACAUGCCAGCCUGUGUUUUUUAAAAAAUUCAUUAUGUAUCUAUAGUUCAUGGAUUUACAUUAAAAUGAAAUUUUAUUAUUUCAUA